CAAAUUGAUAAAUUGUUGGAAGCAAAUCAGUGAUUCAAUUAAGAGAAACACAAAUUGUGGCUAAUUUAAUUAUAAAUUUAACCACACACGGGAAUAAAGUCAGUGAAAAAUGUUAAAUUUGAAUACAGGCAAUGAUUAUUCAGUGCCAUUUCCACAUCAUCAUCAUGUCACGUCGAAUGAUCAGCAAUUUUAUCAUAAUUUAUACACAAAUGUUAAUGUAGCCACGGCAGUUAAUGGCAAGGAUAAAAAUGAAUUAAUUUAUAAGAAUCAGAAAAUCGAUUUUAUGAACAACAAUAAUAAUAAUAGCAGCAAUAAUAAUAACAAUGAACCAUUCACAACACUUAAGGACGGGGAAAAUUCUAAAAGAUUUUCUGUCAACAAUUUAUUAAAACCUCCAAUAUCGCCAUCGGAAAAAUAUAAUGCUGACUCUUCAUUGCCGAUCAGCCUACCAGAUCUUAUGCAUGAUACUGUUGAUACAUCAUCGGGCAAAAAGCCAAGACGAAAUCGCACAACGUUCACAUCAUUGCAACUUACGGCACUUGAGAAGAUUUUCGAGAGGACACAUUAUCCAGAUGCAUUCGUGAGAGAAGAAUUAGCACAAAAAGUUGGUCUAACAGAAUCAAGAGUUCAAGUUUGGUUCCAAAAUCGACGAGCAAAAUUCCGACGGAACGAACGAUCAGUCUCAAGUAGUCGAGGACCAGCUGCAAAUCCAUCAACGCCAACAACAAUAACAUCAACACCACAAAAGCCUUUAGUCACACAUGAAAAGCCUUUACAUCAAUUUGAAUUCCCACCACCAUACUCACUGAGUUUUGGUUCCUUGGGAAUGUUUCAAUCAGCACCAGCAUCAACAAAUGCGAUAAAAAGCACCGACUUGAAUUAUGGCAACACAUUCAAUCCAUACACACAAUAUCAACAGAAUUAUAAUAAUUAUUGUGCGAGUAAUUUUCGAUAUAAAUCACCUUAUUAA